AUGGCCUAUGCUGUCAACCGCUGGAUAUUCCCUGAAGACGUCGAUCCCAAAUACAAGGAACAGACUCCCUACCUUGCUAGUCUCGUCGUUUCGUCCUGCACACAUCGCCUCACGGUCACCUCCACUGUUAUGGCAGUUAGCGGCUCUGGUUUAUCUCUCGAUGUGCCCUUCAAAAACAGCUUGGAGUGCUAUAACUAUCUCUCAACAAGGAAUGCGUUCCUUCGUGGCGCCUCAUUCUUCUUCCGUUAUGCGGCUGGUCCCCUGUGA